GCUCUAGCUAAUUAGGCAGCCAAACACAGAACCAGCGGUAUGUAUUUCAGCAUGCACACAAAUCAAUAUUAACCAACUACCAUCUUCAACAAUGGCUUCUUCCUUCACACAGCUCUUCACGCUGCUGGCAAUCAUUGCCGUCGGCUCCGACACCGUCGUUGAAGCCGCACCAGACCUAACUUACAUCUCGGCCCUCUGCGGCGGGGAAAAGGACCCCAACCCUCCUGAGCUGAGCGAUCGAGCAUUCCAAGUAACGGGCUUGGCGGUUAACUUCGCCGUCCCCGACGACUUCGGCUUCUGCGCCGCCGUAAAGAACAAACCCGUAAUGUAUGGUUUCGGCUCGUGUCCCAAUGUUGUUUCUGAAAAUUCCGAGGAAGAUUGCACAGCGUGCCUCAAGUUUGCGCAAGAUUGGUUGCUCAACACCUUGUGCAAGGAUGUGUAUGGCGGGCAGAUCAGGCUCGCGGGUUGUUUCUUGAGGUACGAGACAUAUAAAUUCUGCGACGCUUAAAUGAAAAUCUCGUCCGAAUUACAGUAAAUCAGUUAUAUCCCGAAAAAAAGUCCGUUUGUGAACAAGAAAUGACUUGUGUUAGUAGCUCUUUAUCGGAGUAAGUGUGUUUAUUGUGUCUUCUUACUUCGUCCUUCAAGCUUACAUAUGAUAAACUUUCGGUCUCGUGGUAAUUAAUGUGGAAUAAUACUAAUAAUAAAAGAAGAGCAUUGAUAUAUGCUAACGUUGUGUUUGGGAAAGAUGUGUGCCUGUGUUGGGCCUUCAUACUAUUAUGUAAGCAUUUGCUACGUGCAAAAGUGCGGUAAACUUUGCAGAGCAGAAGUGUUCAUAUUCUUAAUAAAUAAGUGCAUGUUAU